UCGCUCUCCUGAGACAUACACCUCUAUCAAAAACUCCAUAUAAUACAUAAUGAAAGACCUUGAUCCGAUCGCUUUCACUGUCGAGCUCGGUCGAUUUUACGAACAAUCGCGAGUCAAUGGCACCGUCUCUGUUACUAUGAAGAGAAUGACUGAACGACGACUAUUGAAGGCCUCACGAGUAAAGAAAGAAAUACCCAAAGGUGGCGAAACUAUCCUGGACAAGAAUAGUAUGAAAGACGACGAUAUUGAGUUCCCCUGUCUUGUACGCGCAACUUACAAAAGCAGCAAAAUUAGCACUAUUGUACCACCAAACGAGCUAGAGAAGUUUCAAAACGCCUAUAGCACUGUGAUCCGAGCAUACAUGGAUUCAUUGAAGAAAAAGGAACGCACGCGGAAAAAGGCCAAGACUGCGACAUCAACGCAGGAAAAACAAUAAAAAAAAAUGAACAAGCGGCUGUUUGUUGUGG